UUAUUAAUUAUUAUUAUGUUGAUGGCGACGGGCCGAUAUCACACCUAUCGCUGUCGUGAUACGACGUAUGAAAAUCGGAAAAUGUAUCCCCUUUUCAUGAUAAUAUAGAUGAUAGGGGAAGAUAACAGCGCCGCUCGUAUCAGCCAUUCAGCCACGCACACCUACACACAAUAUUCUUUCAAUAAUAUACUUCGCGUACAUCAAAUUUUUAAGUCCGAACGUCGGCCACCCAAGUCAAAAUGCUAACAGGUCUUUAGCAGAAUACAGUCGAUUAUGACGUCAAUAAUGUGUCGAGUAAAAUACACUAUUAGUAACAACUACUGUGCGAUGUGAUCGGUCGGGUGCAAAACAAUACACUGUAGUACUUGUCUGCACGUCUUCUAAAUAAGUACCUACGUCAACAUAUUAUUCCUGUGUAUAAAUCCGACCAAAGCGGUAGUGCACAUUGCGAAUGAUUGUCACUCAAUGAUGGACAUCGAUCCGAUUAUAGUGUCCACGAGCCUAGAAGCUCUAAUUGUUUACAUUUGUAUAAAAGCGCUGUGUAAGAAAAUAACUACCUAAUUUGCCCUAGCAAAGGAAACAAACAACUUUAAUGAAAAGGGAAAAACAGAUGUAGAAAUACUAGACAAUUUUGAAAUGUUUUAUUUAUGUUCCUAGCAAGAUGCCUAAUUCAUGUAUGCGUGCAAUUUACAAACAUACAAGAAAUAAAAACCAUAAAACUAGUUCAACCAGUUUGGUCCAGUUGUAAAAAUAAUCUAAAAAGAGCGACAAAAAAUAGCAAUGAAAAAAUUGACAGUGCUGCAAUGAUUGCAUUUAGUGGAUUUGUGCAAAGAGAUCCAGAAUGUGCACCAUUAGCGGCAAAGUGUAUUUUAGCUAAAAUUCAUUCAAUGCAGGAAUGGGAAGCUUUACAAGCCCUUCAUUUAUUAGACAUAUGUAUGCAGACCGGUAGUGCCAGUUUUCAAGCUGAAGUUGGGAAAUUCAGUUUCCUUAAUGAACUUAUACGUUUAGUAUCCCCCAACUGCAAUGGAAUCCAUACACCAGAAUUAAUAAAAAACAAAAUCAUUGAACUUCUUGGCCUAUGGUCAUCACAAUUCCCCAAAGAAAUUAAGAUACAAGAUGCCUUAGACAUGUUAAAAAAACAAGGUGUAGUAAAGGAUGUUUUAUUUGAAAAUAUGCCAUCAAGAGCAACUUCUGCUUCUAAAUUGGAUUCUAAUAAAGUAUCAAUUUUGAAUGGAGAAAAAUCAUUAUUGCUGCAGAAGUUGCUUAAAAGUAAAAAAUCAGAAGAUCUCAAAGCUGCUAACGAAUUAAUUAAAUCUAUGGUUGAAGAGGAAGAGCAAAAAGCAGAAAGAAUUAGUAGUAUGUUGGCUGAUAUUGAAAUAACUUCAAAUAAUGUUAAAUUACUAUCAGAAAUGCUCAAAUCAUAUUGUGAUGGUUCUGGUUCGUUAAAUGAUUUAGAACUUAUUAAAGAGUUGCAUACUACUGUAAAACAACUAGAACCAAAAGUUCAAACUAUGUUAUCUCUAGAAAUUCCAGAAAACGAGGAUACUGUUAGAAAAAUAAUUAAACUCAAUUAUGACGUAAAUGAAACUUUAAAAAUAUACAAUGAAGUUUUAGAUAAUCUCAACAAUAAAAACCCAAUUAAUCAAGAAAAUGAGGAAUAUUUGUUAGACCUUAGUAUAUCAUCUGUUUCACCAGACUUUUUUAGUGAAUCUAAUUGUGAAAGGAAUAACUUUUCAAAUAAUGGAUCUGCAAAUGUUAAGGAACUAGAUGAUUUUUUGCAAAUGUCGCAUUCUUUAAAAGGAUUUACUCCUCCACUGCCUGAAGUUGUAGAUUCUCAAAAACAUGAAAAAAUUAAGGACAGUGUGUUAAAUGUAGACCUAUUCGAAGAAUUAAAUAUUCUUGGAAAAGUUAUUUUGAAUAAACCUCAUGAAACUAAAAUAGAUGAAAAACCAUUUAAUUUGACAGACGCAGAAUUGAGUUCAGAAAAUAUAAAAAAAAAUAGUCCAUCAGAUGAACCAUUGUUAGGCACACAUGAUUCAAUAUUAUUUGAACAAAAAAACUAUAGUCUUCAGAUAAAGCCUCUUGGUGAUAUUAAUAUUAAACUGGAAGACAUUAUUCCAUGUCCUGAUUCCAUCAUUGUGAGCUUAUUUGAUAAGAAUGAUAUUAGUACAGAACUACAUUUAGCUGCAAAUAAACCAAGAGAAGACGUUACAGUUUUUGUUGUUACGACAAGAAGCAAAUGUAAACUACCAUUAUUUAAUUUUUCAUUCCAACCAGUUGUUCCAAAAGACUGCAGGUUACGUAUAUUACCACAAUCAAGAACCAAUCUUCCUAUUUAUAAUGCAUUUUUACCACAAGAAACCAUUGUACAAAUCAUACUAGUUGCAACUCUAAAUAAAGAAAUUAAACCGUUAAAAUAUGUGAUAAGUUAUACAAUGGAUGGUGAAAUGUUUACUGAAUUUGGUGAAACUGAACAGCUCUGCAUAAACUAAGUUUAUGAAUGUUAUGAUCUCACAAACUUAUUUCAAAAAAAUACUGAGUACAUAUUUUGAUUAAAUUUAUAUAUAAUUAAAUUUACAUUAUAAUCAAACAGUUUAUUUUACAAAUAAUAUUAAGUUAUAUUCAAUGUUAAGAAGUUAUGAAUACUUCUUCAAAUAAUAAUUAUUAAGGGAUUAUAUAAUGAUUUUUUAUUUAUAACUCAUAAACUAGUCAUUAAAAAGUAUUAAAUGGUUGAAUUUUUCAAUAUUUAUGUUAAAAUUAUAGUGAAUAUGACAUUUGCUAUUUAAUACUUAACUUUACCAAUACAAUCUAGUCAGCAAAUAUACAAUAUUAUAAUUGGAUAUGUAAAAUUUAAAAAUGCAAUUUUAUGAUCUAUUAUACGAAACAUUAUUUUUUUAAAUAAAUAUUAAAUGUCAUAAAUUAUUAUUA